GAGGCGUCCUAGCCGAGGUGGUCAGCGCAGACUUAAAGCGAACGGGCGCGCACUUCUAACGGCCAUUCAGUCGAAAGAGGGGACACAGUGAAGGUGUGCUGCUGUGCGGUUCAGUCAUCCCUCUCACUGGUUAAUAAAUAGAUAGAUAGCUACCCCCCGUCGCUGUUGUUUUUUUCCCCGUUAAACGGUUAGUCAACUAGACCAAUAAUGUACCGGUACUUCGGGGAGCUGUUAUCCCGCGGGGCGGGCAGUGCCCUGGCCUCGGGCUGCGUGGACUCUGCUCUCCCAGCAUCCGCUGCUCUGAUGCGGGUCCGACAGUAUAGUGAACAGCCCGACGACCCCAACUUCUUUCGCAUGGUGGAGGGUUUCUUCGACCGCGGAGCCGCCAUCGUUCAGGACAAGCUUGUUGAGGACCUAAAGAGCAAGGAGACCCCCGAACAGAAGAUGAAACGAGUGAAGGGGAUUCUCCGCAUCAUCAAGCCCUGCAACCACGUCCUCAGCGUCUCUUUCCCCAUCAAGAGGGACAACGGAGAGUGGGAGGUCGUGGAGGGCUACCGCGCCCAGCACAGCCAGCACAGGACGCCCUGCAAGGGGGGGAUCCGUUACAGUGAAGAGGUGUCUGUUGAUGAGGUGAAGGCUCUGGCCUCUCUGAUGACAUACAAGUGUGCCGUGGUCGAUGUACCAUUCGGGGGGGCUAAAGCUGGUGUCAAGAUCAACGUCAAAAAUUACUCUGACAAUGAGUUGGAGAAGAUCACAAGAAGGUUCACCAUUGAGCUGGCCAAGAAAGGCUUUAUUGGGCCUGGUAUUGAUGUUCCUGCUCCGGACAUGAGCACUGGAGAGAGGGAGAUGUCCUGGAUCGCGGACACAUACGCCAACACCAUCGCACAUACCGACAUCAACGCCCACGCGUGUGUGACAGGCAAGCCCAUCAGUCAGGGCGGUAUCCACGGGCGUAUCUCGGCCACCGGUCGCGGAGUGUUCCACGGAAUUGAGAACUUCAUCAACGAGGCGUCCUACAUGAGCAUGCUGGGCCUGACCCCCGGCUUCCAGGACAAGACCUUCAUCAUCCAGGGCUUUGGUAAUGUGGGUCUCCACUCCAUGCGGUACCUCCACAGGUACGGUGCUAAGUGUGUGGGCAUCGCUGAGUAUGACGGCAACAUAUACAACCCAGAGGGCAUUGACCCCAAGCAGCUGGAGGACUACAAACUGCAACACGGUUCGAUCGUAGGUUUCCCCGGGGCUAAGCCGUACGAGGGCAGCCUUCUGGAAGCUCAGUGUCACAUCCUGAUCCCUGCCGCCAGCGAGAAGCAGCUCACACGCAACAAUGCCCACAGGAUCAAGGCCAAGAUCAUUGCUGAGGGAGCCAACGGCCCCACCACCCCUGAUGCUGACAAGAUCUUCCUGGAGAACAAUGUCAUGGUCAUCCCUGACAUGUACCUGAACGCAGGUGGUGUGACUGUCUCCUACUUUGAGUGGCUGAAGAACCUGAACCACGUCAGCUAUGGAAGACUCACCUUCAAAUACGAGAGAGAUUCCAACUACCACCUCCUCAUGUCCGUUCAGGAGAGUUUGGAGAGGAAGUUUGGAAAGCAGGGAGGACCAAUCCCUGUUGUCCCCACCGCUGACUUCCAGGCCAGAGUCGCUGGUGCUUCUGAGAAGGACAUUGUCCACUCUGGGCUGGCCUACACCAUGGAGAGGUCUGCUAGGCAAAUCAUGCGUACAGCCAGUAAGUACAACCUGGGUCUGGACCUGCGGACGGCUGCGUACGUCAACGCCAUCGAGAAGGUGUUCAAGGUCUACAACGAGGCCGGCAUCACCGUCACAUGAUCACCUUGUCACAGCCAGACCACUCCCACACCACCCUGCUAUUGGUUCAUCCUGCCUCCCCAUUUUUGCAAUCAGGCUUCAGUACAUACCAGUGUUUACAUUAGAGACCCCCGCCUCCCCUUUAUACACACACACUGACACGUUCUGUGUCCCAUGACCUCGCCAUAUCUCCCAGUAUCACGUGGGUAACUCAGUAUUUCUGUGUCGUUCUGUUUCAGUAUUGUCGUUCAGUUUGUGAAAGGAGCAGAUUGUAGCAGGAAGAUAGCUUUAAGACUCCCCCCCCCCUCCUAUCAGAGUUCCCUGUCGGCCAUUUUAUCUUGUUUGACCCAUGUGUUGCCAUGGUUUCAGACCACAACAAUGAAGUUGCCUUAGCUCUGAGGGAGCUUUGUACUGAAGAGACACACAUACCCCACCUAUACUGAAAUCCAUUUAAUGUUAUCUCCAAACAUAUACUUUAUUUAAAGAAAGAAUAGUUUUAAGCUCUCACUUUGUCAGGGAAUGGUGAUAUCAUAUGUGUUCCUCAGUUCUCCUCACAGCGGGGUUAGAGGUCAGGGCUCAGGGUUAGAGGUCAGGGCUCAGGGUUGUGCUGAGGAACACAGGGUUCUACUGGGUUUGGUUCUUAGUAAAGUUCUACACCCUUCUUCCCUAUAUCAGUCCCGCCAUAAGCCCCCCAACCUUCCCUACCUUCUGCUCCUAUCUUGUCCAAUCUGACCCUCCCCCAAACCCUCCGCUCUGCCGUGAGGGAGAGAGAGGAGGAGAGGAUCAUGGGAACAAGCGUUCUUCUUCUCCAAAAAGCCGUCCAAGCCCUUGCACGGAAAUUGCUUGGGGAAAUUUGUAUUGCCUUUUUUUGUUGAAAACCAAUAAAAUUUGGCGAAAACUG